GUGUAGGCAGUGGCUUAGGCGGCCUGCAUUGACACUUGGUAGGCGAAAAGCAGCGUGACCCUGUUAAGAGCUAUCCAAACCCAGGUAUGGGUCGGCCCAGUGUUUUUAACGGCGCAGCCACUUUCCUUGCGCUCUCCUCUGGCCUCCUGUUCGUUUCGCCUGUCUCUUCUCAUUCCGCAGAACAGUCUCGCAAGGAACAUCUACAUCACCUCGAAUCUUGCUCCCCCGACACACCUCCCUACGACCUCAAGGACACAAAUACCAUCGCUUCAUACCCGCGCGAAACCACCUGCGAGCGAGUUUGCACGCCUCUUGCUGUCUUUGAUUGAAAUCGACCCCUUUUAAGCCACCAGUAGUCGCCAGCGACAGUCGUCAUCCAUCAACAUGUCUUCCGAGCCGUAUGACCCUUAUAUCCCCGCCGGCCAGCAGGGCUCGUCGCAGGAUCCCGGCAAUGCCAGGACGCAAGCUUUGAAGCAGCAAAUCGACGAGACUGUCGAUGUCAUGCGCAAGAAUGUCAACAAGGUCGCCGAGCGUGGUGAACACCUUGAUAGUCUCCAGAACAAGACCGACGAUUUGGCCAUGUCCGCACAAAAUUUCCGCCGUGGUGCCAACCAAGUCCGCAAGAAGAUGUGGUGGAAGGACAUGAAGAUGCGCAUCUGGCUCAUUGUCGGUAUUAUCGUCCUUCUCGCCAUCAUUAUCAUCCCUGCGGUUGUUGCUACGAGAUGAAUCAGCCCAUAUGAUUUUGGCGAUGACGACAGCGAGGCGAUCUGAAUGGACACGAUUCUGGGUUUUUACGCAUGACCAACAUUCACGAUGAUAGGGAUAGUUCUUGUCUGGGAUUGGUUUUUCUUCCGGGAGUUUCUUGUUUUGUUUCGACGGUCUCUCUGGCUGGAGCUCUUUACGUAGUUGCCGGGGCGGCCGUCUUUGCGUGUUGCAUGGAGCCUUUCCCCCAGUCUGGGAGUUGCAAUAGCUUCCUCAUGCACCUGUACUUGUGAUGUUAGGAGAGGGUGUAUUCCCAUAUGGUUAAUCAAAGAUAGUAGUGACGAUGAUUUUUUAAGAUAUGACACGACGCUUUCACAUGCCAUUCGUGCUGGUGUGCUCUGGAG